UUUUCAUAUAUAUGCGAUGUGUAAAAAUAUUGUAAAUAAUUUAAUAAAUAUUUAACUUGUACUACAUACAAAAACUUAUCAUGAUAUAAUCUAAACGUUAAUAGCAAAAAUUAGUUACUAAACCCUUAAAAAUGACAUCCACUAAUACGGAAUACCUAUUUAAUUACAAAAUUAAUUUGAAUUGUGUAAUACGUACAUAAAUAACAUAAUAAGCAUUUAUUUUGGUGGUAUCUCGAAUUCUCAUUGUUAAUUACACUUUACAUAAACAUAAUUUUAAUAUUGCUUUCUGAAGUAUAGCAAAACUAUAACAAAUGGAGUAUACUGUGCAAAAUUUGGAGUACGCCGUGUCCAUAUUUUAUAAUGGUGAACCAGAAGAGCGUGCUAAGGCUCACACAUGGUUAACAAACGCUCAAAAGGUUCCUGAAGCUUGGAACUUUGUGUGGGAUCUCCUUCAGCCCACUAAGGCCACAGUAGUGCAGUUUUAUGCAGCUACAACCUUACAUACUAAAAUCUUAAGAUGUUGGAAUGAACUACCUAAAGAAAGUCACGAAGAACUCUUGAACAAACUAUUACAAUCAGUUAUGGCAUAUGCAAAUGGACCAAAGAUUGUCACUAAUAGGCUAUGUAUAAGUUUGGCUGCCUUUAUCCUUCAGCAAGAAACAAUGGAUCUAGCACCUAUCCUUAGUCCACUAACAUCACCACAAAACUCAUCAUUACUUCUUGAAGUCCUGACAGUAAUCCCAGAAGAAUUCAGCAGUAUGACAAUGGGUUCUAAACGGCGUCUAGAAAAUUUAAAGACUUUAAAUAAAUCCUGUCCCAUGGUUGUAAAUGAUAUGCUCAAGAUUUUGGAAAAUGUGUAUAAUGAUUGGAGUAGUGGACCACCAAGUGAAGAAAUAGUAAACUCCUGGACGGUAGCAGCCACUUGCGUUGGAAGCUGGCUUAACGUGAUCCAUAAUGAAGCUCUUUCUGAAAUUUGUUACUCUAUUACUGACAGAGCACCCCUGAUACGUGCUUUACAAAUGGCUGUUCAUGUAUUAUAUACAACAAAUGGUAUAGUUAGUGGAUCUGCACUAGAAGCCUGUGAAGCGUGUUUGUCUGCAAUGCGAAUAGCUACCACACACGGAGAUGCCUGUAACUAUGAGAACUUUGGUAAAACCGUGAUGGCCGACCUAGCAUCGCUUGUGGGGCCCGUGCUCGUGGCAAACAACGUCCCGGACUCAGUUAAUGAGGAGCUGGUAUGUGCAAUGGUGACUUGCUGCGUAUCAGUGUGCGAGACGCACUCGGGAACGGUGGUGAAAGCCAUCAAUGCCGACGGCGAGAACAGUGUAGUUUUGCCACUCCUUCGUCUACUUCUGGAGGCUCAGGGAGCGCCAGGAUAUUACCCACUUCACGAGACUAGAUCCAAUUUACUGUUCAGCCUCUGGUACAUUUUACAGGACGAUCUCCUCGGAAGAUCCGACUCGGAAAGUGCUGAAAAAUUGAAGCCAAUAUGGAAAGAAGUGUUUUCUCAGCUUCUAAUGGCCUUCAUCACUAAGUCAGAAAUGCCUCCCGAGUCCGACCUGUCGCGGGACGAUCAAGAACUCCUGCGGUGCUAUAGGCAGGACAUCGGAGAUGCGGUUAUGUAUUGCUUCAUGGUGAUAGGCGACAUGUGCUGGGACAUAGUGGCCACCGUCAUGGAGACGGCCCAGAAGGAGUCGCGCCGCGAAGCCGCCUUACACGUCCUCAGUUCGUUGGCAGACGUCGCGCAAAACGAUAAAGCCCCCGCCGCCUUGCCCGGUCUGUUGCGACGCGCUCUGCAAGUCGUCGCCGAGACUCGGGACAAACGCACCCUAGAGACGGCUUUGGAGUGUAUCGGUACGCACGCGACGUGGAUUAACCUGAUCGAGGAGACGUGCGACGGAUACAAAGGACUGGGCGUGCAGUGCGUGCGCGCGGCGGGUGCGGCCCUAGGCCGCUGUCCGAUGCCCGCGGCCCUGGCCCUUCGCCGCCUCACCACAGAGUGCAGCGACGCCGCUUCCUUACUGGUGCGGGACAUCGUACAUGCCGCCAUGAGCGCUGAAAGUGUGUCCUACCCGUGGGUGCGACGUCAGCUGACUUCGGCGGCGGGAGGCGCCCUGGCCUCGUGCGAACACUCGGUGUCGUCUCCGCUUCUACUGCAACUUACGGAACACAUCGCUCAACAGAUCUCCUCGCAGGCGCCAGCGGGCGGUAGCGUUUCAGCGGAAUGUGCGGCGGCUCUGAUGAGUGCGCUGUCGCGGCAGCCUCAGCUCGCCGCUGAAAUGUUUCGAGGGCUUCUACCCUCGCUCACUGUGCUCACCACAAAUCCAGCACUGGUUGACCCUCUGUUCCAAAUCCUCAACAACACGGUGUCGGCUCUGAUGGCCGAAUGCGAGCCGUUCCUGGACGAGAUCUCCCAACUCACCGCUACCGCCUUUCAACUGCACCCUUCCGCUUCGGGGUUCGGACUAGUUGUAUUUGUAAUACAAAUGGUCGGCCCCGAGUGUGAGAAAGCUAACCGACUGCUUAACGGGUGCCUGCGAAGGCUCGUGCAGUUCCUGACGUCGGAGGAGGCUAAAGGAGCCCGGCCCGACCUCUUCGAAGCCCUAUUCUACGGCCUCUAUACCCUCACCAGGAAGAAGACGCAUCAUCUCGAGUGGAUCGACAGUUUGAUGCCGGAAUUGAUGAGUUUGGCAUUUCGGGCGUUAGUCGUGCCGGAAACGCGCGCGAUUCGAACGGCGUGCGUUUGGAUCGGGUCGUUGGCGACGCACGGCGUCCAGGCGUUGAGCCAUUUCGCGCCAAACGUCAUGCGAGCCUUAAUACUCGCCAUCAGUUGCGAAGGACCAAGGGGCCAGCUGGAGGCGAUUACGGCGUUAGUGAUGGCCAUGAAUCGAGUGGCCACCAACCCACACGAGUUCAAGGAAUGGCUUCGUCGGCCUCUCGCUGAGCUUAACUUCCCUUCGCCUCACGUCUCGCCCGGUGAUAAGGAAAAGUUCGUGGAAUCUGUCAUCAGAGAAAUAAGCAAUAAGCGGCGUGUACUAUAUGCGAUGCGAGAGUUUUCCCUCGCGUGCCGCGGUCUCGCCGCCACCGAGUACGGGAAACAGUGCAUCGCCUCCAAGCAGUUGGUCGCUUGAGCGCUCGUCUCGCAGAUUUACUUCCCGACUUCUUCGUUACCUAAUAGUAUUUUCGAGUAUGUUUUUAUAAAUGAUCUGAGACAAAAAUUUGGAAAUGUGUAUUCAAUUACGUUAAUUAUAAUUAGCAACAGAGACACGAUACAAUUUCUUCGACGAGACCGUUAACUUUAACUUAUUCUAGAAAAUUUCAAAUAUUUACAAGACGAGACGAGAACUCGAGAUUCGUAUUAGCAUACGGACCUCGAGUAUCUUUAAAUCGAACUAAACAUUUGCAAUGUAUAAUGUUUAUCUACACUAAAUUUAGCACUGAACAAAACGAUCACUCCGUGUGAUUUAGCAGUAGUAUUUGUAUAUAACCACUGUACAUGUUAAGUUUAUGGUUUAUUUAAUAAAAUUGUUUUAACGUCCA